AAACCAUGUAUUCCGGGUAUCCUGCUUCGUACAUCCACCUUAGGGGCCAUGGCAGCGCCAGGUCUGGUUAUCCUCCCAUUCCUCGUUCCUAUGCGAGGUAUGGAGAAGAGGACGACCAGCCGUUUAUGCCCAGCUCUGGUGGAGGUAUCAGAGUACAGGAACCCGAUGAGCCGACGUUGCCACUGUCCUCCGGUCAAGAAAUUUCGCUCUUGGACCAAGAGGCGGGUAGUCACACCCAUGAUGAGAUGCCGACACGCGCCCGCGACCCUGGCUAUGAACACGGCGGAUCGUCUGGUCCAAUGCGUCCUUUUGAUGUUUCGGGACACUCUCGUGGCUCGGGCUAUGGAAGUCCCACUUCCCAACGUGGAUCGAACUCACCUCCCAGUGGAUACCCCUCGUCGUCAGCCGCUUAUCCUCCUGGAUACGCCACUGCCGUAACAGGCCUUCCUUCUCCUUUCGCGUCCUUGGAUCCCGGUCAGCGCUAUUACGACUGACACACUCUUGAGCAAUCUCCCCAUGUAAUCCCUAAACGCGAAUCCCCCGAUCUCACGCCCUUCCUAGCGAGAGCAGACACCCAAUACGACUUACGCGAACCCGGUGAUUACCUGCGAGACUUCCUCCAUCUCCCACACGGAACCCCAAUCCGCCUCGAAUCUCUCGUUGAUCCGCGCGACAGGAGUGGAAGGCCUCCUUACACCAUAAUCCAGUUAGCUGCAGCCGCGAUCUACAGUCACCCCCACCAGAAAGCUUCCACAGCUGAGAUCAGAGCUGCGCUUAUGGCGCGCUUUGAGUAUUUCCGAGAGAACGAGGGCACCUUGAAGGAAACUCUCAAGCACGCUUUGUCUUCUCACGAUCUUUUUAAGAAUAUUGGGCGUACCCCGAUCGAUCCUGGAAGAGGGG